CUAAUCGCCUUUUCAAAGAACAGUCACGGCACGUGGACCAAGUCGAUGGUGGACACCAACGUAGUGACAGUCUGUGAGUUCAUCAAGACUGACGACUACUUCUGGCCGGCCUUUGUGAAGAUCAGUGACGUUCCUGCGGCCUGUCCACUAAACAAGGGGGAGUAUCACUUCCAAGAUGCUUCUCUCACGCUCAAACGACUGCCACCCAUGGUACCCAAGGGCUGCUACAAAAUGGUCCUCAAUUUGUGGACGGACACUCUCAAAUCCUGCAACAACAUCUUCGUCAAGGUCACAGGACCCAAGGAGCUCCCUAAGCCUCGCUGUACCUCUUGAACACUACAUUAAAUACAUUAUAUAUGCUUUUUUUUCGUUGUUAAAGGAAUAGAAAAUAUAUUUGUAGACUUUUACCUAGUUACUCGGCAGAGAUGUCUUGUUAAACUCACUUAAGAUAUAAGAGCGACAAACACUUACUAAGGAUGGAUUGUUCAGUGAUUAGAAAUAAUAUUGAAAGGAUUAAUCUUUCAUUGAGGUUAUAUUAAAUUCAGUUGAUACAGAAA